AUGAAGUCCAUCAACGUUAACUUUAUUACUCCUGAAGAGUUAUACCAACUUAUCGAUUUUAAAAAGGUCGAUGUCACCAAGGUUAUUCCCGGAUUUGAUCCAUCAGCUGGCUUCAUGCUUACUUCGCCAGCAUUUUUCACCCCAUUUGAGGAAGACCACCAACCUGUCAUUCAAUGUGACAGCCCAGAAUCAUUACCAUCAUUAUUACCACCAUCACCACCAUCACCUCCAUCACCACAAACUCCGUCAGUUCCAAACUUUGAAUCAUCUGAAAUCAAAAGUU